UAGUGGUAGGACCCCCUACGCGUCGCUGGAAACUGGAAAACAUCGCUGUGUCUGUUCGCUAUACACAGACACCCCGUUCCGAAACGUUACCGGUACAUAGGCCUACUAUCACGAGUGGUGACUAUAUUUUCCAUCGACGUCGCUUCUUUCUCGGUAGGAGUCGUUAUUUUUAUUAUACUGAAUCGAGAGCUUAUCGGAAGACAAAAUGGCUGAGAUGGGGAUGGGGAAGGGGGUUACUGCGGGGAAACUUGCCAGUAACGUGCAGAAAAAAUUAACACGGGCCCAAGAGAAGGUUAUGCAGAAGCUGGGUAAAGCAGAUGAGACCAGAGAUGUUGCAUUUGAGGAGGGAGUUAUCAACUUCAACAAACAAUAUACAGAGGGAUCCAAACUGCAAAAAGACCUGAGAGCCUACCUGGCUGCAGUACAAACGAUGCACGAGUCCUCCAAGAACCUUCAGGAGUGUCUGUCUGACAUGUACGAGCCGGAGUGGUAUGGCAAAGAUGACGUGGACUCCAUCGUUGAGGACACAGACGUUCUGUGGACCGACUUCCAUCAGAAGCUGGUGGAUAAUGCUUUGAUAUCCAUGGACACAUAUCUGGGACAGUUCCCUGAUAUUAAGUCUCGUAUUGCUAAGCGUGACAGGAAGCUUGUGGACUACGACAGUGCCAGACACAACCACUCUUCUACCAAUAAGGGGAAGAAAGGAAAGGAUGGGGGCAUCAAGAUCACCAAGCCAGCAUCUCUGUUAGAGAGGGCCACACCAGGUUGGGCUCAGGGCAUCCUGUCAGCCCACAACAUUGCUCAGAGUAACCUCUCCAGGAACCAGGCAGAGGACGAGUUGGAGAGAGCUCAGAAGGUGUUUGAGGAGAUUAAUGAAGAUCUGCAGGAGGAACUGCCCUCACUAUGGAACAGUCGAGUAGGCUUCUACGUUAGCACCUUCCAGAGUAUGGCUGGCUUUGAGGAGAAGUUCCACAAGGAGAUGGGCAAGCUCGACCAGAAUCUGUACGAUGUUCUUGUCAAACUGGAGAGACAGGACAUGUCUGGUGAGCUCCCCAGAGGAGCAGAUCCAGCCAAUCACGCUCUGAGUCCAGGCGGACCGCCACCCAUCCCUAAGUCCCCUUCCAAGCUGAGACCAGCGAUGCCGCCGCGGCCUGAAUCCAGCCCCUGUCGGGACAUGAAACCAGAAAAUAUCAUUAACCUGUUUGAUGCUGCUGCUGCUCCGGGCAUCAGUGUUACGUCUCCAACACAGUUUGAAAGCCCUGCAGGGGCCAACCUGUUGGACAUGGACCUGUCCACCCUGGCUGCACCAUGUCAUGGUGGCACAGCCGUGUCCCCAGCCUCUCAGGCGGUAUCAUGGGACACGUGGGAGCCUGAGGAAGCUCCUGCUCCACCAGAGGAGCCCAAGGGCUGGGAUGAUGAUGGUACCCUGCCGGUGCGUGCUGCCGGCUGGGAUGAUGACGGUACCCUGCCGGUGCGUGCUGCCGGCUGUGGGGAUGACGGUACCCUGCCGGUGCGUGCUGCCGGCUGGGAUGAUGACGGUACCCUGCCGGUGCGUGCUGCCGGCUGGGAUGAUGAUGGUACCCUGUCGGUGCGUGCUGCCGGCUGUGGGGAUGACGGUAUAGCUGCCGCCACGGCAGGCUGGGAUGACGACGGCUCUCUGCCCACUGCUUCCGCUGCCGCGGCCGAGUCUGAGGCUGCUGGCUGGGAUAAUGAGGAGGGGGUGCCCCAGCCUGACACACCUGCAGCGUCUACACCUGCAGCGUCUACACCUGCAUCGUCUACACCUGCAUCCGCAGCACCAGAAGAGACUCAUGCUGUGGCAGCAGCAGCAACCAACGGGGAUUCAGAGGCGGUAGAGAUGCCUCCAGGAUUCCUCUUCAAAGUGACCACAAUGCAUGAUUAUGCAGCUAAUGACUCGGAUGAGCUGGAGAUGAAGGCUGGAGACAUAGUGCUGGUUGUGGCCUUCGACAACCCAGAAGAACAGGACGAGGGUUGGCUGAUGGGGAUGAAGGAGGAAGACUGGAUCCAGAACAAACAGAGCGCGCUCAAAGGAGUGUUCCCCGAGAACUUCACCUCCAGGCUGUGAGAGAGGAGACGCCAUAUUUAUUAUCCUCCUUUGACCUCUCUCUCUUCCACAAGAUCCUAUAUUCUCUUCUCUCUCUCUCUCUCUCUCUCUCUCUCUCUCUCUCUGCCAG